AUGGGCUGCGCGGGCCGCGCGCCGGCGCUGUGCGCCCGGCUGCUGCUGCUGCUGCUCGCCCUCCGGCCGUGCCCCGCGGGGGAGCCCGGCGCCGGCGGCGUCCCGGAGGGCGCCUCCACCUUGGCCUUCGUGUUCGACGUGACCGGCUCCAUGUACGACGACCUAGUGCAGGUUAUCGAAGGGGCGUCAAAAAUCCUCGAAACGUCCUUAAAGCGACCCAAGCGGCCGCUCUACAACUUCGCGUUGGUGCCUUUCCACGAUCCAGAAAUUGGUCCAGUGACGAUAACCACAGAUCCCAAGAAAUUUCAAUAUGAACUCAGGGAACUUUAUGUUCAGGGUGGUGGUGAUUGUCCAGAGAUGAGCGUUGGGGCGAUUAAGAUCGCUCUGGAAAUCUCUCUCCCUGGUUCUUUCAUCUAUGUGUUCACUGAUGCACGAUCCAAAGAUUAUAGACUUACCCAUGAAGUACUUCAGCUCAUUCAGCAGAAACAAUCACAGGUAGUAUUUGUGCUAACUGGAGACUGUGAUGACAGAGAACAUAUUGGUUACAAGGUCUAUGAAGAAAUUGCCUCAACAAGCUCUGGUCAGGUUUUUCACUUGGACAAAAAGCAAGUUAAUGAGGUGUUGAAAUGGGUUGAAGAAGCAGUUCAAGCCUCCAAGGUGCAUCUCUUGUCUACAGACCAUUUGACUAUGGCUGUGAACACUUGGCAGAUCCCUUUUGAUCCCAGUCUAAAAGAGAUUACAGUGUCCUUGAGUGGCCCUUCACCAGCAAUUGAAAUUCGUGACCCAUUAGGCAAACAGAUCAGUAAAGGAUCUGGACUGAAUGAACUGCUGAAUAUCCACAACUCUGCUAAAGUAGUAAAUGUUAAAGAUCCAGAGCCUGGAACAUGGACAGUUAAGACAUCCAGCAGCGGAAGGCACUCUGUUCGUAUCACUGGUCUCAGCACUAUUGAUUUUCGAGCUGGGUUUUCUAGGAAGCCGACCUUAGACUUUAAAAAAACGUCCAGCAGACCAGUGCAAGGGAUUCCUACCUUUGUGCUGCUGAAUACCACAGGGAUCAUUCUUCCAGCCAGAGUAGACCAACUGGAACUGCUGAGUAUUACAGGGGAACUUCUUAAGACUUUGCCAGUGAAAUAUUAUCCUGACAGAAAGCCCUAUGGACUAUGGAAUAUUUCUGACUUUAUUCCACCAGAUGAAGCUUUUUUUGUCAAAAUAAUGGGCUAUGACAAGGAUGGUCAUCUCUUUCAGAGAGUUUCAAGUGUUUCAUUUUCUAGUAUUAUUCCUGAUGCUCCAAAAGUUACAAUGCCUGACAAGACUCCAGGAUAUUACUUACAGCCAGUAUCCAUUCCUUGCCAUGUAGAAAGUCUUCUACCUUUCACUCAGCAUUUUAGUAAAAAUGGAAUAAAACUAGGAGUGGAUCAGUUCUUCAAAGAAUCGGCUAGCGUGAACUGGGAAAUGGACAAAGUCUCCUUGUCUGAUGAAGGCUCUUACGAAUGUAGCGCAAUGAGCAGCGCAGGAACCGGACACGCACAGACGUUUCUGGAUGUAUCAGAGCCUCCACCCGUGAUUCAGGUUCCUAAUAAUGUCACAGUUGUUCCUGGUGAAGGAGCCAUCUUGACCUGCCUAACUUUAAGCACAGUGCGUUACAAUCUCACCUGGCAAAGAAAUGGGAGGGAUGUGAGACUAAAGGAACCCUUGAGAAUAAGGAUGAUGAGCAACCUGUCUUUAGAAGUGAAAACUGUAAAGCUCACCGACGCCGGCAAGUACAACUGUAUCGCUUCUAAUGAGGGUGGAUCUACCACAGCAUCUGUCUUCCUUACAGUGCAAGAACCGCCUAGGGUUGUCAUCGCACCUAAGAAUCAGACUUUUACAGAAGGCUCUGAAGUGUCUAUCAGGUGUUCUGCAACAGGUUAUCCAAAACCAACAGUAGUAUGGACACAUAACGAUAUGUUUAUUAUUGGUUCAAACAGGUAUAGAUUGACCCCAGAAGGUACCUUAAUCAUAAAAAAGGCAAUUCUAAAAGAUGCAGGGCUUUAUGGUUGCUUGGCAAGUAACUCGGCUGGGACAGAGAAACAGACAUCUACCCUUACCUAUAUUGAGAGACCAACAUUGACCAUAGUUCAAAGUGAAAUUCUGGUUGCCCUUGGAGACACAACUAUUAUGGAAUGUAAAACAACUGGAAUCCCACAUCCUCAGGUUAAAUGGUUUAAAGGUGACUUAGAGUUGAAGGCAUCGGCAUUUCUCAUUAUUGAUAGUCAUCAGGGUCUUUUGAAGAUUCAGGAAACACAAGAUCUGGAUGCUGGUGAUUAUACUUGUGUGGCUACCAAUGAUGCAGGGAGAGCCUCUGGAAAGAUAACCCUGGAUGUUGGCUCUCCCCCUGUUUUCACUCAGGAGCCCAGUGAUGAAUCCGUGGACAUUGGUUCAAACAUCACACUGCCUUGCUAUGUUCAGGGUUACCCUGAACCAAAGGUUAAAUGGAGGCGGCUGAAUGGUGCUUCCCUUUUCUCAAGGCCGUUUGCAGUUAGUUCCAUCAGUCAGCUCAGAACAGGAGCUUUGUCUAUUAAUAAUUUGUGGGUCAGUGAUGAAGGGACUUACAUCUGUGAAGCUGAAAACCAGUUUGGAAAGAUUGAGUCACGGCCAGCCACAAUCACAGUGACAGGACUGGUUACACCUCUGAUUGGAGUAAGCCCAGCCACAGCCAAUGUAAUUGAGGGACAGCAGCUCACUCUGCCAUGUGUGCUGCUUGCUGGAAACCCCAUUCCAGACAGGAGAUGGAUUAAAAACAGUAUGGUGUUGGUUCCCAAUCCCUACAUCAAUGUUCGCAGUGAUGGAAGCCUGCACCUUGAAAGAGUUCGGCUGCAGGAUGGAGGUGAUUACACCUGUAUGGCAAGUAACGUUGCUGGAACAAACAACAAAACUACUACUGUUAAUGUGUAUGUUCUGCCUGUUAUUCAGCAUGGACAGCAGAUAUUCAAUACCAUUGAAGGAAUCCCAGUAACAUUGCCAUGCAAAGCAAGUGGAGUUCCUAAGCCGUCGAUUGUCUGGUCCAAGAAGGGAGAACAAAUUCUUCCCAGCAACAUGAAAUUUUCUGCAGGUUCUGAUGGAAGUCUCUAUGUAGUUUCACCAGGGGGCGAAGAAACUGGGGAGUAUGUAUGCACUGCAACAAAUGCUGCUGGUUAUGCUACACGGAAGGUCCAGCUGACUGUCUAUGUGAAACCUAGAGUAUCCAGGCCUGGAGAACAGCAAGAAAUGGUCAUGGAAGCCAAUGAUAAACCCAUAGAGAUCUCAGUAAUUGCAGGGGAAGAUGUCACACUUCCAUGUGAAGUAAGGAGCUUGCCACCCCCCAUAAUUACCUGGGCCAAAGAAAUGCAGCUCAUAUCUCCGUUCUCUCCAAGACACACUUUCCUGCCCUCGGGGUCAAUGAAGAUCAGUGAAACACAAGUUUCAGACAGUGGAAUGUAUAUCUGCGUAGCCACAAAUAUUGCGGGGAAUGUGACUCAGUCAGUGAAGCUAAACGUACAUGUUCCUCCAAAGAUACAGCGUGGCCCUCGGGUUAUGAAAGUACACGUUGGCCACAGAGUUGACAUACCCUGCAGUGCUCAGGGCAUCCCUCCUCCAACAAUCACGUGGUUCAAAGGCAGAAGUACCAUGCUGAUGGAUGGUGGCCAGUUUAUCCACAGCCCGGAUGGAGUGCUAAGCAUCAGCAAAGUCCAGCUUCCCGAUGCUGGAAUCUACAAAUGUGUCGCUAGUAACGUAGCAGGCAGCGACACGUCAGAGAUAACGCUGCAAGUUCAAGAACCUCCUACUAUAGCUGAUCUCAACCCUCCAUACAGUAGCCCAUUUCAAGAAAGAGUGGCAAAUCAACGUGUUGCGUUCCCUUGUCCAGCAAAAGGGAUUCCAAAACCUGUCAUCAAAUGGCUGCGUAAUGGAAGAGAGCUGACAGGCAGUGAACCAGGGAUUUCAAUUCUGGAGGAUGGGACACUGCUGAUCAUAGCUUCUGUUACACCUUCUGAUAAUGGAGAGUAUACCUGUAUGGCAGUAAAUGAAGCUGGAAGCACAGAAAGAAAGUAUAACCUGAAAGUUCAUGUUCCCCCUGAAAUUAGAGAUCAAGAAACAGUGACAAAUACAUCUGUAGUUGUUCAGCAUCCUGUAAGUCUCUUGUGUGAAGUAUCUGGUAACCCCUUCCCAAUCAUUUCCUGGUAUAAAGAAGAUAUCCAGGUUGUGGAAAGCAGUACUCUCCAGAUUUUGCACAAUGGGAAGAUACUGAAGCUCCUUAGAGCUGCUGCUGAUGAUGCUGGACAAUAUUCAUGCAAAGCCAUAAACGUAGCAGGAAGUUCUGAGAAACUAUUUAACAUAGAUGUAUUAGUACCACCAAGUAUAAUAGGUGCUGCUACCUCCAGUGAAAUUGCAGUCAUCCUCAACCAGGAAAUCAGUCUGGAGUGUAGAGCCAAAGGCUUCCCCUUUCCUGACGUUCACUGGUUCAAAGAUGGCAAGCCCUUGUUCUUGGGCGAUCCCAAUGUUGAGCUUCUGGACAAAGGUCAAGUUUUGCACAUAAAGAGUGCUCGAAGGAUUGACAAAGGUCACUAUCAGUGCAGUGCCACCAACAGUGCUGGCAAACAAGUUAAGGAGGUCAAGCUGAUCAUCCAUGUCCCUCCUAGCAUUAAAGGAGGAAAUACUACCACAGAGGUAUCAGCUCUUCUUAACAAUCUUAUAAAUCUGGAAUGUGAAACCAAGGGAAUCCCUGUUCCUACCAUUACCUGGUACAAAGAUGGACACCCAAUUAUUUCCAGUCCCCAAGUUUUGUAUGUGGACAGAGGGCAAUUUCUGCAGAUACCUCGAGCACAAGUUUCCGAUUCUGCAAAGUACACUUGCCGUGUCACCAAUGCUGUGGGAGCUGCUGAAAAAAUUUAUGAAGUGGAUGUCUACGUUCCUCCAGUUAUUGAGGGUGAUGCUGACACGGUGCAGAACAGGCAGGUGGUUGCUGGCAAUUCGGUGGUGUUAGAAUGUAAAGCUGAGGGUAACCCCGCGCCUCUGCUUACCUGGUUAAAGGAUGGCGUGCCGGUGAAAGCAAGCGCCAGCCUCCGCCUUUGGUCUGCUGGGAAGAAGCUGGAGAUUCUGAACGCUGUCGAGGCUGACAGGGGCCUGUAUUUGUGUGUGGCUACAAGCAUAGCUGGAGAACAAGAAAUGAAGUAUGAACUUGAAGUCUUAGUCCCACCAUUUGUGGAAGGCGGAGGUGAGCUCUUGGACUACAUUGUGAUUCUCCAUAGCCCUUUAGAGUUGGAUUGUUCAGCAACUGGGACACCCACACCAACUGUCAUGUGGUUGAAGGAUGGCCAGCGAGUUGAAGAGGGAGCUGGACAAAAGAUCUUGUUAAAUGGGCACAAACUUCUCAUCUCUCAAGCUCAGGUGUCAGACACUGGCCGCUAUAAAUGUGUGGCUGCAAAUAAGGCAGGAGAACAUGAAAGGGAAUUUGACGUUACUGUGCAUGUUCCUCCAACCAUCAAAUCAACUGGGCUCUCAGAGAGAGCUGUUGUGAUAUACAAGCCUGUGACCUUGCAAUGCAUAGCCCAUGGCAUUCCCAGCCCUUCCAUAACUUGGUUAAAAGAUGGUCAACCAGUAAACACAGCCAGAGGAAGUAUAAGACUGGAGUCUUCAGGCCGUAUUCUACAAGUUGUCAAGGCCCUGCUCGAAGAUGCUGGCCGAUACACUUGUGUGGCAACAAAUGCUGCAGGAGAAGCCCAGCAACACAUUCGGCUUCAUGUGCAUGAACCACCCAAUCUGGAAGAUGCAGGGAAAAUGUUAAAUGAAACUGUAGUGGUGAAUAAUCCAAUCCAUCUCGAGUGCAGAGCAUCUGGGAACCCUCUGCCAGCUAUCACAUGGUACAAGGACAACCGUCCCCUCACCAGUGCUGCAAGUGCCACUUUCCUGAACAGAGGGCAGAUUCUGCAGAUUGAGGGCGCUCAGAUCGCUGACACUGGCAUUUAUAAGUGUGUGGCUGUCAACACAGCGGGCACAGCUGAGUUGUUUUAUAGUCUUCAGGUUCAUGUGCCACCAUCCAUCUCUGGCAGCAGUGACAUGGUAGCAGUGGUAGUUAACAAUCUGGUGAGGCUGGAAUGUGAAGCAAGAGGUAUCCCGGCACCUAUUUUGACGUGGCUAAAAGAUGGUAGCCCCGUUUCCAGCUUUACUGAUGGACUCCAGGUUCUCUCUGGGGGCCGCAUCCUGGCAUUGACUAGUGUUCAGAUCAGCGACACAGGAAAAUACACGUGUGUUGCAGUGAAUGCUGCAGGCGAGAGUCAGAGAGAUAUUGAUCUCAGAGUUUAUGUUCCACCGAACAUAAUGGGCGAGGAGCAGAAUGUCUCUGUGCUCGUGAGCCGCUCAGUGGAGCUGCUCUGCCAGAGCAAUGCUGUUCCACCACCUGUGCUGACGUGGCUCAAGGAUGGGCGACCCUUGCUGAAGAAACCAGGUCUUAGUAUCACUGAAGAUGGCAGCGUACUGAAGAUUGAAGGAGCUCAAGUACAGGACACUGGCCGUUACACUUGUGAGGCGACAAAUGUUGCUGGGAAAACUGAAAAGAACUAUAAUGUCAAUGUUUGGGUGUCACCAAGUAUCUAUGGCUCAGAUGACAUCUCUCAGCUGACAGUAAUUGAAGGGAGCCUGAUAAGCCUGAUCUGUGAGUCUAGUGGCAUCCCACCACCCAGUCUCACCUGGAAAAAGAAUGGCUCUCCACUGGUGGCUGACCUUUCAGGAAGAGUGAGGGUACUGUCUGGAGGCAGGCAGCUACAGAUUUCAUUUGCUGAAAAGGCUGAUGCGGCGUCUUACACUUGUAUGGCUUCAAACAUAGCUGGAAAUGCAAAAAAAGAAUAUAAUUUGCAAGUAUACGUUCGCCCAACUAUAUUAAACAGUGGUAGCCACCCAUCAGAAGUUGUUGUCACCCAAGGAAAUGAAAUUUCCUUGGAGUGCAAGGUGCAGGGUGUUCCAGAACCAGCAAUAACAUGGAUGAAGGAUGGCCAUCCGUUGGUCAGCAGAAGGGACUUAGAAAUACUUCAUGAUGGUCGUUUUCUUCAACUGAAAAAUGCCCUGGUGUCAGACACUGGCCGCUAUGUCUGUGUUGCUGUCAAUGUGGCAGGGCUGUCUGACAGAAAAUACGAUUUAAACGUUCAUGUCCCCCCAAGUAUCACUGGUGACUUGCAGAUGCCUGAAAACAUCAGCAUUGUGGAGAAGAAUCCCAUCUCACUGAUUUGUGAAGCUUCAGGAAUUCCCCUGCCCUCGAUAACAUGGCUCAAGAACGGGUGGCCUGUCACUGCAAACGGCUCAGUGAGGAUCCUCUCAGGAGGCAGGACGCUCCGUCUGACACACACAGGUGUAGAAGAUGAAGGUCAGUAUGCUUGUGUAGUGAUGAAUGCUGCAGGAGAAGCAAGGAAGAAGUUUGACCUUACUGUUCUAGUGCCUCCCAGAAUUGUGGGUGAAAAUAAACUGGAAGAUGUGAAAGUGAAAGAGAAGCACAGUGUUACCCUAACGUGUGAAGUGAUAGGGAACCCUGUACCACAGAUCACUUGGAUAAAAGAUGGGCAACCUGUACCUGAGGAUGAUGAUCACAACUUCCUGUCCAGUGGGCGUUUUCUGCAAAUCACCAAUGCUCAAGUGACUGAUACAGGGAGAUAUACAUGUGUUGCAUCUAAUGCAGCUGGAGAUAAGAGCAAAAGUUACAGUCUUAAUGUACUUGUGUCUCCAACCAUUGUGGGUGCAGACAGCCAUGGAAGUGUAGAAGAUGUCACUGUUAUCCUCAAUAGCCCAACAUCCCUACUUUGUGAGGCUUAUUCAUAUCCUCCAGCUACAAUCACCUGGCUGAAAGAUGGCAAUCCUAUAGAAUCAAACAGAAAUACCCGCAUUUUGCCAGGUGGUCGAACACUGCAGAUUCUGAGUGCACAAGAGGACCACGCUGGAAGAUUCACCUGCAUAGCCACAAAUGAGGCUGGAGAAAGUUUGAAACACUACGAAGUGAAAGUGUACGUUCCACCCACCAUUAACAAAGGCAAUAUCUCAGGGAUGGGUCUCUCUCCUAAAGAAGUAAAGAUCAAAGUAAACCACAGCCUUGCCCUGGAGUGUGAAGCUCACGCGAUUCCUGCUGCUGCCAUCAGCUGGUACAAGGAUGGACAGCCUCUUAAACCAGAUGAUCAUGUCAUUAUCCAAGCCAGUGGUCGUACUCUGCAGGUUAAGGAGGCUCAGGUGUCAGACACUGGCCGUUAUACUUGUCUGGCAUCUAACAUUGCUGGAGAGGACGAAAUGGAAUUUGAUGUAAAUAUACAAGUUCCUCCUAGUUUCCAAAGGCAUUAUAGGGAGUGGGAAGCUGGUAACAUGGUAGACGUGGGAGGAGGCGGAGAAAAUAAAGAUGUGAUUAUCAACAACCCCCUUUCUCUGUACUGUGAGACCAGUGCUGUUCCUCCUCCGGUUCUUACGUGGUAUAAAGAUGGCUAUCCUCUCAGCUCUAGUGAUAAAGUACUGAUAUUACCAGGAGGCAGAGUGUUGCAGAUUCCACGGGUGCAGGCUGAAGAUGCUGGGAGAUACAUGUGCGUGGCUGUGAACGAAGCUGGGGAAGCUUCCAUUCAUUACGAUGUCCACGUGCUCUUACCACCGUCCAUCGGUGGAGCUGAUGGUGACCUGCCUGAAGAAGUGACUGUGCUUGUGAACAAGGUUGCAGUGAUGGACUGCAUGGCAAGUGGCAGCCCUACUCCAAGUAUAACCUGGCAGAAAGAUGGCCACCUCCUAGCAGAAGAUGACAAACACGUGUUUUUAUCCAAUGGAAGAAGGUUACAGAUUUCGAAUUCCCAAAUAACAGAUACCGGCAGGUACGUCUGUAUUGUGGAAAAUGUAGCUGGAAGUGCCAAAAAAUAUUUUAACUUGAAUGUUCAUGUUCCUCCAAGUGUUGUUGGUACUAAUCCUGAGAAUUUGACAGUGGUGGUGAAUAACUUCAUCUCUCUGACUUGUGAGGUCACUGGCUUUCCACCUCCUGAUCUCAGCUGGCUCAAGAACGGAAAACCUGUCAGCUUGAAUACUAACACUUUCAUUGUGCCUGGUGCUCGAACUCUGCAGAUUCCCCGAGCCAAACUUUCAGAUGAUGGUGAAUAUACUUGUAUUGCCAGAAACCAAGCUGGGGAAAGUCAGAAGAAGAGUUUCCUAACUGUCCUUGUCCCCCCAAGCAUCAAAGACCAUAGUGGAACGUCGCUGGCAGUGGUGAAUGUGAGAGUGGGCACCCCGGUGAUACUAGAGUGUGAAUCCAACGCUAUCCCACCACCAGUCAUCACAUGGUACAAGAACAGGCGCAUAAUCUCAGAGUCUGCAAAUGUGGAGAUCUUAGCAGAUGGGCAAAGGUUACAAAUCAAAAGUGCUGAGGUUUCUGACACUGGCCAGUAUGUGUGCAGAGCCACAAAUAUUGCAGGGCGUGAUGAUAAAAAUUUCCAUCUUAAUGUUUAUGUGCCACCAAAUAUAGAAGGCCCUGAACAAGAGUGGCUCAAUGAAACUAUCAGUAAUCCCGUUACCUUUGUGUGUGAUGCUACUGGAAUUCCUCCACCAACAUUAAUAUGGCUUAAGAAUGGAAAAACAAUAGAAAACUCCGAUUCUCUUGAAGUACAUAUUUUAUCAGGUGGAAGCAAGCUUCAGAUUGCUCGCUCCCAGCUUCUAGACAGUGGGACUUACACAUGUAUUGCCUCGAAUAUAGAAGGAAGAGCUCAGAAAAGUUACAUCCUUUCCAUUCAAGUUCCUCCUAAUAUUGCUGGCUCUGAAAUGUCUAGUGAGGUCAGUGUGCUCCUGGGAGAAAGCAUCCAGCUUGUCUGCAAUGCCAAUGGAGUGCCUGUGCCUGUUAUGCAGUGGCUUAAAGAUGGAGAAACAGUUGCCAGCGAUGAAUUACAACGAAUAAGAGUAACUCCAGAUGGCAGCACAUUAAACAUUUUCAGAGCUCUCACUUCUGAUACAGGAAAAUACACUUGUGUGGCUACUAAUCCUGCAGGAGAGGAAGACCGAAUUUUCAACUUGAAUGUAUAUGUUCCACCAGCAAUAGCCGAUAAUAAAGAUGAACCAGAGGACCUCACUGCCCGUGCGGACACCUCCAUAAAUAUUGAGUGUACUGCUACUGGAACUCCACUCCCACAGAUAAACUGGCUAAAGAAUGGUCUUCCUCUUUCUAUCUCCUCACAAGUCAGAUUGCUCUCAGGUGGACAGGUUCUCAGAAUUGCCAGAGUGCAGGUAUCUGAUGUUGGUGUGUACACUUGUGUAGCAUCUAACAAAGCUGGAGUAGACAACAAACAUUACAAUCUUCAAGUUUUUGUGCCGCCAAGUAUGGAUAACGCGGGAGGAACAGAGGAUGUGACUAUAGUAAGAGGCAAUUCAGCUUCAAUGCAGUGUUUCACUGAUGGCAUUCCCACCCCAACUAUGUCAUGGUUUAAAAAUGGACAUCCUUUAAGCCUUGGAGCUCACUUGGCUUCAAAAAACCAAGGAAUGGUCCUUCAUUUUGUCAAAGCAGAGACUGGUGAUACAGGCAAAUACACCUGUGUAGCCUCAAACGAAGCUGGCGAUAUCAGCAAGCACUUUUCUCUGAAAGUGCUGGAGCCGCCUCGUAUCAAUGGUUCUGAUCAACCGGAAGAGCUGUCUGUGGUUGUUAACAACCCCCUUGAACUUCUUUGCAUCUCCACUGGCAUUCCAGUCCCCAAAAUCUCAUGGAUGAAGGACGGGCGCCCGCUUCUGCAGAAUGAUAAUGUUCAUGUCCUGAGAGAAGUGCUUCGAAUAACCAGUGCUCAGGUGGAGGACACAGGAAGAUACACGUGUUUGGCAUCUAGCCCAGCAGGAGAUGAUGACAAGGAAUAUUUAGUGAGAGUGCAUGUUCCUCCUAACAUUGCUGGUACCAGUGGUCCUCAGGACCUCACUGUGUUGCAGAACAGACAAGUUAUACUGGAAUGCAAGUCAGACGCUGUGCCACCUCCAACAGUCUCAUGGCUUAAAGAUGGAGAACUUCUAGAGGGAACUCCCCGAGUUCGAAUCCUAUCCAGUGGGCGAUACUUGCAAAUCAAUAAUGCUGACCUCAGUGAUACAGCAAGCUACACCUGUGUGGCAAGUAAUAUUGCAGGAAAGAUGACCAGAGAGUUCAUGCUCACAGUACACGUUGCUCCUACAAUCCGAAGCAGUCCUCAAACAAUUGUUGUGCGUAUAAAUACUUCUGCUGUUCUGGAGUGUAUUGCAGAAGGAGUACCAACCCCAAGAGUUACGUGGAGGAAGGAUGGAGCUAUCUUUUCUGGAAACAACACCAGAUAUUCACUACUAGAGGAUGGAUCUCUGCACAUCCACUCAGCGCAUGUGACUGACACCGGAAGAUACAUGUGUAUGGCAACCAACACAGCUGGCACUGAACGCAAACGAACUGAUCUGCAGGUCAUUGUUCCUCCAGCCAUUGCUCCUGGACAUAGCAAUAUUACAGUUACAGUAAACAUGCAGACCACUUUGCCUUGCGAAAGCACUGGAAUUCCCAGACCAGCAAUUAGCUGGACAAAAAAUGGGCAUCCGCUUCAUGUUGACCAGAACCAGAAUACGUACAGACUUCUAUCUUCAGGUUCUUUAGUAAUCAUUUCUCCCACUGUGGAUGACACUGCUGUUUAUGAGUGCUCUGUAUCAAAUGACGCAGGAGAAGAUCGAAGAGCGGUUGAGCUCACUGUUCAAGUGCCCCCAUCCAUAGCAGAUGAAGCCACAGAUCUCUUGGUAACAAAACUGUCUCCAGUAAUAAUUUCCUGCACGGCUUCAGGGGUUCCUGUACCCUCAGUUCAUUGGACAAAAAAUGGCAUAAAGUUGCUUCCCAGAGGAGAUGGCUUCAGAAUUCUCUCUUCAGGUGCUGUUGAAAUACCUGCUGCUCAGUUAGACCAUGCGGGACGGUACACUUGUGUAGCCCGGAAUGCAGCCGGUGCAGCGCACAGGCAUAUUACCCUUCAUGUUCACGAACCACCAGCUAUUCAAACUCAGCCAGGGAUACUGGAUGUCAUUGUGAACAAUCCCAUUCUAUUACCAUGUGAAGCAACGGGUACACCACGACCCAUAAUAACAUGGCAAAAGGAGGGCAUCAAUGUAAUCACAACAGGCGACAGUUAUAUGGUUCUUCCCAGUGGCGGUUUGCAGAUUGCAAGAUCAACUGUUGAAGAUGCUGGCACUUACAUGUGUGUUGCUCAAAAUCCAGCUGGCACAGCUCUGGGGAAGAUUAAGCUGAAAGUUCAAGUUCCUCCCGUUAUCAGGUCCCAUCUGCAGGAGUAUGUUGUUCCUGUUGAUAAUUCUGUCACUUUGCCGUGUGAGGCUGAAGGCUACCCUGGGCCAGAGAUCAGCUGGCAUAAAGAUGGACAGCAAAUAACAGAGUCCAUCAGAAGAAGAAUUCUUAGCACUGGUGCUCUGCAGAUUGCAUUCAUACAGCCAGGUGACACUGGCCGUUACACGUGCGUAGCAGCAAACCUGGCAGGGACAAGCAGUUCUAGCAUGGAGCUCGUCGUGCACAUUCCACCCAGGAUCCGCAGUACAGAGGCGCAGUACACUGUCACAGAGGAUUCCCAGGCUGUUCUGUCUUGUGUGGCUGAUGGGAUUCCAACGCCAACAAUAAACUGGAAGAAGGACAAUAUGCUGUUAACAGAUACAGCAGGCAAAUACAGGUCUGUGCCAGAUGGAGACCUCAUUUUGGACAAUGUUGCUCCUGAAGAUUCUGGCCACUAUACUUGUAUUGCUAACAACGCUGCUGGAGAAGACACGCACACUGUCACCCUGAUGGUUCAUGUACUCCCGGCUUUUACUGAACUGCCUGGAGAUAUAGCUUUAACUAAAGGAGAACAACUCAGAUUAACUUGCAAAGCAACUGGGAUACCCGUACCCAAAAUAACAUGGACUUUUAACAAUAACAUCGUUCCAGCACAAUAUGACGAUAUAAAUGGACGCAGUGAACUUGUUAUCGAAAGAGUGUCUAAAGAUGAUUCUGGUACCUAUGUAUGCAUGGCAGAAAACACAGUUGGCUCAAUCAAAGCUAUUGGAUUUGUGUAUGUCAAAGAGCCUCCAGUCUUCAAAGGGGAUUACCAUUCUAGCCGAAUUGAGCCCCUGGGUGGCAAUGCUAUGUUGAACUGUGAAGUCAGAGGAGAUCCACCUCCAACCAUCCAGUGGAGCAGAAAAGGAACUGGUGUUCAGAUCAGCAGCAGGAUCCGGCAGCUUAACAAUGGUUCGCUUGCUAUCUACGGCACUGUAAAUGAAGAUGCUGGUGACUACAAGUGCGUGGCUACCAAUGAUGCUGGCGUGGUGGAGCGCAGUGUGACGCUAACACUUCAGAGUCCUCCAGUCAUUACUAUUGAACCUGUAGAGACUGUUAUUGAAGCUGGUGCCACAGCAAUGCUGAACUGCCAGGCAAAUGGAGAACCUCCUCCGACCAUCGAAUGGUCCCGCCAAGGUCAUCCAGUCGUGAACAGUGAGAGAGUGACUGCCCUGUCUAAUGGCUCCUUGCGUAUUGUUGCAGCACGGAAAGAAGAUACGUCUGAGUAUGAGUGCGUAGCGAGGAACCUAAUGGGAUCUGUUCUUGUUAGAGCACCGCUGACUGUCCAGGUGCAUGGUGGAUUCUCCGACUGGUUUGACUGGCGACCUUGCAGUGUGACCUGUGGUCAGGGUGUCCAGGAGCGGAUCCGUCAGUGUAACAACCCUCUCCCGGCAAAUGGAGGGAGGCGUUGUGAGGGGCCUGAUACAGAUGUACGCAGCUGCCACAACAAGCCUUGUCCAGUGGAUGGCAGCUGGUCGGAGUGGGGUCUUUGGGAAGAGUGUUCUAAGAGCUGUGGACAAGGUAACAGGACCAGAACCAGGACCUGCAGUAACCCAUCAGCUCAGCACGGAGGGAAACCAUGCGACGGCAGUGCGGUGGACUCAGUCAUGUGUAAUAUUAGGCCUUGCCCAGUCGAUGGGGAGUGGAGUUCCUGGCUGCCGUGGGGUCCUUGCAGCGAGACGUGUGGGAAGGGUUCUCAAACCCGGCUGAGGCUCUGCAAUAACCCUCCCCCGUCAAACGGCGGAUCCCGUUGCGAGGGGUCUGAUGCACAGGUGCAGGUUUGCGACAAGAGGCGCUGCCCAGUGGACGGGAAGUGGGCCACAUGGACCAGCUGGAGCACCUGCACCGUGUCCUGCGGAGGAGGCAGCAGGCAGAGAACGCGCCACUGCUCAGACCCAGCUCCACAGUUUGGGGGCCACAAAUGCGAAGGAAAUGACAUACAAAUUGAUUUUUGCAACAGUGAUUCUUGUCCUAUCCAUGGCAGCUGGGGCCCGUGGAGUAGUUGGGGAACUUGUAGCCGGACGUGCAACGGCGGUCAGACGAGGCGGCACCGGAGCUGUGACAGCCCGCACCCCGCGAGCGGUGGCAGGGCGUGCGCGGGGGCUGACUCGCAGGCGCGGAGGUGCAGCCCGGAAGCAUGCCCUGUGGAUGGAAACUGGGGGCAGUGGCAAACAUGGAGCCAAUGCUCUGCCUCCUGUGGAGGAGGAGAGCAGACCCGGGUCCGCCUGUGCAGCAAUCCAGCACCAUCGCAUCGUGGACGUGCUUGUCCUGGCGACUCUUCCCAGAUAUCCAGGUGUAAUACCCAAGUGUGUCCUGGUGGGCCCCCACGUGCCAAAGGAAGCGUCAUUGGAAAUAUUAACGAUAUUGAAUUUGGAGUUGCUUUCCUGAAUGCCACAGUAACAGACAGCCCUGACUCUGAAGCUAGAAUAAUACAAGCAGAGAUUAGAAACGUCCCUCGGAGCCUUGGUGCAGCGAUGCGAAAGCUUGUUUCCAUUCUGAGCCCAGUUUAUUGGGCAACUGCAAAAGAAAUUGGAGAAGCAGUGAAUGGAUUUACUCUCACGGACGCUGUCUUCAAAAGAGAAACUCAAGUGGAGUUUGCAACUGGAGAGAUUCUGCGAAUGACUCAUGUUGCCCGAGGCUUGGAUUCAGAUGGAGCCUUGCUGCUGGACGUUGUCGUGAGUGGCCAUGUGCUGCAGCUCCAGUCGUUAGCUGAUAUUAACACGAAGGAUUACACAGAAGACUAUAUUCAGACCGGUCCCGGGCAGCUGUAUGCCCAUUCUACUCGUCUCUUCGCUAUAGAUGGAGUUAGCGUUCCCUAUACGUGGAACCAUACUAUCACCUAUGAUCCCACUAGAGGAAAAAUGCCUUUCUUGGUGGAAACGCUCCAUGCUUCCUCCAUUACAACAGAGUACAACCCUCUAGAAGAAACUGUGGCUUUUAAAAUCCAUGCUUCCGUUGCAAAAGGAGAUCGUAGCAAUCAGUGUCCCGCUGGGUUUGGUUUGGACUCGACUGGACCUUACUGUUCAGAUGAAGACGAAUGUGCUGUGCGAAAUCCUUGUUCCCAUGUCUGCCAUAACGCCAUAGGAACCUACUACUGCUCCUGUCCAAAAGGCCUCACUAUAGCUGCAGAUGGUAGAACGUGUCAGGACAUCGAUGAGUGCGCGUUAGGUGGCCACAGCUGCCGUGCUGGCCAGGACUGCGAGAACGCCGUAGGCUCGUACCGCUGCGUGGUCAGGUGUGGGAACGGCUUUCGGAGAACGGCGGAUGGGUUUGGCUGCCAAGAUGUUAACGAAUGUCAAGAGUCCAACUCCUGUCAUCAGCAUUGCUUCAAUACUGUAGGAAGUUUCCACUGUGGUUGUGAUGCAGGAUACCAGCUAAAGGGCAGAAAAUGCAUGGACAUAAAUGAAUGCAGGCAGAGUGUAUGCAGACCUGAUCAGUUCUGCAAAAACACCCGUGGUGGAUACAAGUGCAUCGACCUGUGUCCAAAUGGAAUGACCAAAGCAGAAAAUGGAACAUGUAUUGACAUUGAUGAAUGCAGGGAUGGAACCCAUCAGUGCCGAUACAACCAGAUUUGUGAGAAUACACGAGGCAGUUACCGCUGCGUGUGUCCAAGAGGGUACCGAUCCCAGGCGGUUGGAAGACCUUGCGUGGACAUUAAUGAAUGUGAACAAGUGCCUAAGCCCUGUGCAUUUCAGUGCGCCAACACCCCCGGCAGCUUCAAGUGUAUCUGUCCACCUGGACAACAUUUAUUAGGUGAUGGGAAAUCUUGCGCUGGAUUGGAGAGAUUGCCCAAUUAUGGUGCCUAUUUCAAUAGCUAUAACUAUGCUCAAUUCUCCCCUGUGAGAGACAACUAUCAACCUCAACAAUAUUACAGGCACUCCUCAAAUCUCUACAGCUCCUUCUCAGAGUAUAGAAACAGCAGAAUACCUUUCUCCAGGACUAGAAGGAACAUUAGAGAAACAUGUCCUGAAGGCUAUGAGGCAAGAAAUGCCAGAUGUGUAGAUAUUGAUGAAUGUGAAAACAGAGAUACCUGUCAGCAUGAAUGCAAAAACACUCUAGGAAGUUACCAGUGUACUUGCCCACCUGGUUAUCGUCUUACGCCCAAUGGCAAAACCUGUCAAGAUAUUGAUGAGUGCCUUGAACAGAAUAUCCAUUGUGGAUCAAAUCAGAUGUGUUUUAACAUGCGAGGAAGCUACCAGUGCAUAGACACGCCUUGUCCACCAAACUACCAGCGAGACCCUCUUUCUGGGUUCUGUCUCAAAAAUUGCCCGGCCAACGAUCUGGAAUGUGCCCUUAGCACCUACGCCUUGGAGUACAAACUCGUUUCCCUCCCCUUCGGCAUAGCUGCCAAUCAGGAUUUAAUCCGGCUGGUUGCCUACACUCAAGAUCAAGUCAUGCAUCCCCGAACAACUUUCUUGAUGGCAGAUGAGGACCCUGCAAUCCCGUUUGCCCUCCGAGAUGAGAACUUAAAGGGAGUUGUGUUUACCACCAGGCCGCUGCGAGAGCCGAAGACGUACCGCAUGAGAGUCAGGGCCUUGUCCUACAGCGUUGAUGGAAAUAUUGAGUAUCAGACAACUUUCAUUGUUUAUAUCGCUGUGUCAGCCUAUCCCUAUUAAACACCCAAACCACUCGACAGUUAUCGCAGUAUUUUAGCCACGUUCCUAAGUGCCAGUGGGUAUUACCACUUUCAGACUGAUUCUACUGCCUGCCAGAUGGUUGUGAACCACACAGCCCGGAAACGGUGCUACGCUCUUUGCUUUUUUUUUUCCCUGAGACUGCCAGUAUAUUCCCAUUAUUCUAAUUCAAGAAAGAAAAUCCAUGGCUUCGAGGACCACUUGCUGUAUUUAUUACACUGGAGUAGUCAUUUUCCACAGUUUGUUCUGAAAACCAGCAGAACAAGUCAAAGUAUGAGCUGAAGUACUAGUAGUCAAAGCAGUGAGCAGGAGCAGCCUCUGUGUAGGAGCAACUAAACAAAAGCCUAACCAGAAAAAAUGGCCAUUUUUAGUGGUCUGCGAAUUUAAAGUUGCCAAGUAAGUGUGUUUUACAAUUUCUUUAUCUAUUAAUUUUUUUCUUACCAAAUACCCGAUAGAAUUAGGGCUGCACAUAUAUUAUCUGUCGUGGUCAAAAAAGAAAUACCACUUUACUUAGCUCACAGAUGAUAGUAGUAAAGUUGGUUUUCAGCUGAAGCCACAAAAGUAGAAAUUGGAAUUGGUUCAUUUGAUUUCUCUGUAAGUUUAGGCAUUGUUUGAAAAACCACCAACAUGGCUACUUCUGCUUUGUAUGGCAGAUAUUUUAUAAUUUUUUUUCUUUUCUUUUUUCUUUUCUUUUUUUUUUUUUACUCUGACAUUCUGGUAUAGCCAUUUAUUUAGCUUGAAACCAUAUCGAUUUCAGUACUCCUAACCCAGUUAAAAUGUUUUGGGUUUUUAUUUUGUUUUGUUUGGGGUUUUUUGCAAAUUGAACAAUUUUUUCCAAAGAUGUAGUAAUUUCGGUUCAGUAAUGUCAAUACACUGUACACAAGUAAUUUUGCCAAGAUGUAUUCUAUUUUUAUGAAAGUGUAUAUAUGUUUUUUCCUAUGUGUAUUUUCUAUGCAAUAUCUUAAUUGUAAAACACUUAAGUUUUCAUGAAAGGACAGUGUCAAUACAUUGAAAAUAAUCGAAAUAAAGGUUCUCAUUGCCUUUUGAGAUUGCCACAAGAUUUAUCAUUAAAAAAAAUUCUUUCCCAGGUGUAAGACAGACACUUACCUUUAGUUCCAGUCCAAAACGCGGCAGUAGCAUGGCUGGCAAACUGCUGAUCCUCUUGCAAAGAUGAAGCAAAGUCUCCAGCUCACUGAGCUCUGAGCUAUUGACUUCCCCCUGCCUUCAGUUAAAAAAAAAAAAAAAAAGUAGGGAGGUUGGAGGGACUAUUGCACUUAUUCUUGUUUUAUCCAGACUUCACUCACCAGGAAAUAUUUUAUUUCCUCAGAGCAGAGAAAUUUUGCUAAGAGUUAAUUAAGGUUUUGUUGCACGUAAAGGUCACAUUUAUUCAUGGCUUUACCUGCUGCCAAACACAAAAUCUGCUUCUGCAAUUCCCGUGCAUUUAAACAAAACUCAGCAGAAAGGCACGAAGGGUUGAGUGCUCUGGGACUCUCCCGGCCACGCUGGUAACGGGUUGUGGAGCUGGCCGGCGACGUGGAGCCCCCAGCACCCCGCCACAGGGGGCUGCACCUUACGCUGACGUUCCUGCGUUGCCGCAUCUGGGUGCGAGGAGAGGGACGACGACGACUCGCGUCACUGACAUCGAACGGCCCUGUCGAUGCGCGUCGCUGAAAGCAGCCGGUUCGCGGCAGGGCCAGCUGGCUGCGCGCUGGAAUGCGCCUGUCGCUAGAGACUGUUCAUAACACUGAAAAUAAUAAAGUCCUACCAGUUUUC